AUGGCACCUAAGGAAUACAAAAAAGAGGAAGAGCAAAUUGCAAAGGCUGUCAGCGCGUAUCAAAGUGGUCAAAAUCAAAAUAUCUCGAAAUUAGCGCGUGAAUUUGGGGUCUCUCGCCAUAGACUGUCCCGACGCGUCAAGGGGAUACCCUCUCGCUCCAAAAGGGCACCUACGGACCGCCAAUUAUCGCUAGAUCAAGAAAAAGCGCUUUUCCUAUGUAUUGAGUAUCUAGAUAACAUAGGAGCACCUCCAACAAAUCAACAAAUUGAGCAGAGUGCCGAUUUUUUGCUUCGUAAAGAUUUUACCAGUCCCGGAGAGCCUCGCGGCGUUCGUAAAACCUGGGUUGAUCGAUUCCUUACUCGCUUGCCAGAGGAGCUUCAUAUUACACCCAAAAAUCUAUGGAACUUUGACGAGACCGGAUUCAUUGUCGGACAAGGAAAAAACGAGUCAGUGGUCACAAAGUACCCAAAAACAGCAAAAAGAGUUUCCUCUUUGUCUUCUCGAGAAUCUCUUACCGUCGUUGAGAGUAUAAAUGCCGAAGGGAGAGUCAUUCCACCGUUAAUUAUCCCAAAAGGCGAAAAACAUAUGGAGGAAUGGUAUCGACGUAUACAGGAUCCGGAGUGGCUUACUGCUCCUGCUUCAAAUGGAUUUAUCACGGAUGAGAUCGCAUUUGAAUGGCUUCAACAUUUUCAGCACUAUACAAAGCCAGAAUAUACGUUCGAAUGGCGAUUAUUAAUUAUGGAUAAUCAUACAACCCAUCUCACUAUACAGUUCGUUCAAUACUGUGAAAUUUAUCGCAUUCGAUUAUUCAGAUUUCCACCUCAUUCCACGCAUCUAUUACAACCACUCGAUGGAGUGCCUUUUCAGCAAUAUAAGCACGUUCAUGGAAGAGUGGUAAAUCAAGUUGCUCGGCUCGGAGGCUUCGAUUUCAACAAAAAUGACUUUUUUGAGGAAUUACGGGAUAUUCGAAUUCAAACCUUUACUCCGCGAAUUAUUCGCCACGGUUGGAAAGAUCGAGGGAUUUGGCCAUAUAAUCCUGAUAUCGUAUUGAGCAAAUUGCCUCACCCAGAUGAGGCAAUUAUUGAUGAUGGGAAUACAUUAAAAAUUUAUGGCGAGAUCGAUGACACUAUUCCCAGCUCACCAACAACGAAAUCAAUUUCUCCACCAUCAACGGUCACUGCGCUUCGUCGAUAUAUCAAUAAGAUAGAGAAAUCAAUCGAGGGUAUAAAGGAUAUUUUGGAGGAAUCAAAACCUGGCCUCGUACGCCGUAUAAAAGUCGUGAAUUCAAGCAGCCUCGCCAUAGCGGGAUUAGGUGAGCUUCACCGUGAGGAUUUUGCAAGGCUGCGCGACACAGCACAACGCAAAAAUAACAAGAAAAACCAAGCGUCAGAUAAAAGCCUCAGGCGCACUUUAUUUAAAAGAUGCGAAUCGCCUCAUAAAACGCCGCCAUAA